AUGCUGGCCGCCAUGGGCUACAUCACCCCCGAGGUGGCUGGCAAGUUCCCUGGGUACCUGAGCCCCAGCGCUGGCCUCAAGUUCGCGGACGUGCCCAAUGGCCUUGCCGCCCUCUCCAAGGUGCCCGGAGGUGGCUGGACGCAGAUCCUGCUGUACAUGAGCUGGUGCGAGGUGUCGCGGGGCGCCGGCUCGGACAUCGCUUCCGGGCGGCCCGGAGACUUCGGGUGGUACGUCCUCACCUCCGCUGACCCCGAGGCCAAGAAGAAGAAGCUGAGCGCGGAGCUCGCCAACGGCAGGCUGGCGAUGAUGGCGAUCAUCGGCAUGUUUUACCAAGACGGCCUGACAGGAAGCGCUUGGGGUGACUGGGCCAACUACACUGACAGCCCUCUGCGCGCCGAAGCUGUCGACUUCUCCAGUCAGCUGGGCGUGACGCCUCCUCUGGGCUUCUUUGACCCUCUGGGCCUUAGCAAGUUCGACGACCCCGAGGUGGCCAAGCAGCAGUUCAAGCGCCGGAGGACCAUCGAGAUCCAGCACGGGCGCGUGGCCAUGCUGGCGUGCAUGGGCUACAUUGUCCCCGAGUACGUGCGCUUCCCAGGCUUUUGCUCGCCUUCCCAGAACAUCGCCUUUGCAGACAUCCCCAACGGCCUCAAGGCCGCACCGAUGGUACCGCUCAUCGGCUGGACGCAGAUCGUGGGAUUCGUCGGCGUCAUUGAGAUCCUGAACCUGCAGAAGAUCCAGGAGGGGGACGUCUUGGGUGACUAUGGCUACGGUGCAUUCGGCCUGCCCUUCGGCAAGAAGAUUGAGGACAAGGAGAAGAAGAUGAAGAGCCUCAACGCCGAGAUCAACAACGGCCGCCUGGCGAUGAUGGCCAUCAUUGGCAUGUUCUUCCAAGACGGCCUGACAGGAAGCGCCUGGGGUGACUGGGCGAACUACGCCGACAGCCCUCUGCGAGCCUUCGAGUCCGAGCUGGGAGUUCAGGCCCCGGUGGGUUUUUGGGAUCCCGUUGGCUACACUCGCGAUGGCAGCACGGAAUCGUUCAAGCGCCGCAGGGAGACGGAGGUCAAGCACGGCCGCGUGGCCAUGUAUGCCACGAUGGGCUACAUCGUGCCAGAGUACUUCAAGUGGCCAGGAUACUUGUCCCCGUCCAUGGGCUUGAAGUUCGCUGACGUGCCCAACGGCUUUGCUGCGAUUACCAAAGUUCCUGGCAACGGGUGGGCGCAGAUCGUGGCCUUUGCCGGGUACUACGAGCUCUUCGUCUACAAGUUCAACGGCACCCCGGGAGACUAUGGAUGGAAGGCCAUCAGCUCUCCAGAUGCCGAGGUGAAAAAGCGCAAGUUGAACGCCGAGUUGGCGAACGGCCGCCUGGCCAUGAUGGCCAUCAUCGGCAUGUUCUUCCAAGACGGCCUGACAGGAACCGCUUGGGGCGACUGGGCCAACUACACCGACAGCCCUCUCCGUGCCGAGGCCGUCGACUUCUCCAGUCAGCUGGGCGUGACGCCUCCUCUUGGCUUCUUUGACCCCCUGGGCCUUAGCAAGUUCGACGACCCCGAGGUGGCCAAGCAGCAGUUCAAGCGCCGGAGGACCAUCGAGAUCCAGCACGGGCGCGUGGCCAUGCUGGCGUGCAUGGGCUACAUUGUCCCCGAGUACGUGCGCUUCCCAGGCUUUUGCUCGCCUUCCCAGAACAUCGCCUUUGCAGACAUCCCCAACGGCCUCAAGGCCGCGCCGAUGGUACCGCUCAUCGGCUGGACGCAGAUCGUGGGAUUCGUCGGCGUCAUUGAGAUCCUGAACCUGCAGAAGAUCCAGGAGGGGGACGUCUUGGGUGACUAUGGCUACGGUGCAUUCGGACUGCCCUUCGGCAAGAAGAUUGAGGACAAGGAGAAGAAAAUGAAGAGCCUCAACGCCGAGAUCAACAACGGCCGCCUGGCGAUGAUGGCCAUCAUUGGCAUGUUCUUCCAAGACGGCCUGACAGGAAGCGCCUGGGGUGACUGGGCGAACUACGCCGACAGCCCUCUGCGAGCCUUCGAGUCUGAGCUGGGAGUUCAGGCCCCGGUGGGUUUUUGGGAUCCCGUUGGCUACACUCGCGAUGGCAGCGCGGAAUCGUUCAAGCGCCGCAGGGAGACGGAGGUCAAGCACGGCCGCGUGGCCAUGUAUGCCACGAUGGGCUACAUCGUGCCAGAGUACUUCAAGUGGCCAGGAUACUUGUCCCCGUCCAUGGGCUUGAAGUUCGCUGACGUGCCCAACGGCUUUGCUGCGAUUACCAAAGUUCCUGGCAACGGGUGGGCGCAGAUCGUGGCCUUUGCCGGGUACUACGAGCUCUUCGUCUACAAGUUCAACGGCACCCCGGGAGACUAUGGAUGGAAGGCCAUCAGCUCUCCAGAUGCCGAGGUGAAAAAGCGCAAGUUGAACGCUGAGUUGGCGAACGGCCGCCUGGCCAUGAUGGCCAUCAUCGGCAUGUUCUUCCAAGACGGCCUGACAGGAACCGCUUGGGGCGACUGGGCCAACUACACCGACAGCCCCCUGCGAGCCUUCGAGUCUGAGACUGGCGUUCAGCCUCCGGUGGGCUUUUGGGACCCGCUGGGCCUGUCCGCCAGCGGGAACUUGUCCGAUUUCAAGCGCCGCAGGGAGGUCGAGUUGAAGCACGGCCGGGUUGCCAUGUUUGCCACCAUCGGCUACAUCCUUCCGGAGUACUGGCGCUUCCCCGGGUACUUGUCCAAGUUCCUGGACGUGAAGUUCGCAGAUGUGCCCAACGGCCUGGGGGCUUUCUCCAAGGUCCCAGCGCUGGGCUGGCUGCAGAUUGUGGGCUUCGCCGGCAUCGUGGAGAUCAACAUCUACAACGAGCAGGUCAACGACGAUGAGCCUGGGAACUACGGCGCCGGCUUUUUGGGCCUGCGCUCGGUGGGCAUCAUGAACAGCGGCAUCACCGACCCAGAGGUGCGCAAGAAGAAGCUGAAUGCGGAGCUGGCGAACGGCCGCCUGGCCAUGAUGGCCAUCAUUGGGAUGUUCUUCCAGGACGGCCUCACCGGCAGCGCCUGGGGUGACUGGGCCAACUACACGGCCUCUCCUCUGCGCUGA